AUGAUGGGUGCGCCGGGAGGCGACGAAGGCGGUAUUAUUCCGAGACUAUGCGAUGCUUUGUUCGAGAGGAUAGCUGUACAACAAUCGCCGCCUGCGCUUACGUAUAAGGUUGAAGUAUCGUACAUGGAGAUUUACAAUGAGCGUGUACACGACCUCCUCGACCCCGAAACGACGAGGCGAUCACUCAGAGUCCGAGAGCAUGCUGUACUUGGACCCUAUGUCGAUGGCCUCUCACAGCUAGCUGUAUCGUCUUAUCAGGACAUCGACAAUUUAAUGACCGAAGGCAACAAAUCCCGAACGGUUGCCGCGACGAAUAUGAACAGUGAAUCCUCACGAUCGCACGCCGUAUUCAGCGUUGUGUUGACGCAAACCCUUUGCGACGUAGCAACUGGUGUGACAGGGGAGAAAGUUGCGCGACUGUCCCUCGUCGACUUGGCAGGUUCCGAGAGGGCUGUCAAGACUGGCGCAGUUGGGGAUAGGUUAAAGGAAGGCUCUAAUAUAAAUAAGUCACUAACAACGCUCGGCCUAGUGAUAUCAAAAUUAGCAGAUCAGUCGUCUGGUAAAAAUAAUAAGGACAAAUUCGUUCCAUACAGAGAUUCAGUCUUAACUUGGCUUUUGAAGGACAACCUUGGUGGAAACAGUAAGACUGUUAUGGUAGCUACAAUUUCGCCUGCAGCUGACAACUAUGAAGAAACAUUGUCUACGCUUCGCUACGCAGACAGAGCUAAACGUAUCGUUAACCAUGCGGUCGUUAAUGAGGAUCCCAACGCGAGAAUUAUACGUGAGCUACGACAGGAAGUCGAAGCACUCAAGGAAAUGCUCAAGUAUGCUACGGGUUCACCAGUUGGAGAGGAUGUUCACGAGAAAUUGGCGCAAAGUGAACAUCUCAUGAAAGAAAUGUCAAGAACAUGGGAGGAGAAACUAGUCGAAACAGGUCGCGUACAAAGCGAGCGUCAACAUGCGUUAGAAAAAAUGGGUAUAAGCGUACAGGCGAGUGGGAUCAAAGUGGAGAAGAACAAGUUCUAUCUGGUUAAUCUUAACGCGGACCCUUCGCUUAAUGAAUUGCUCGUGUAUUAUCUUAAAGAGCGAACUUUAGUAGGCGCAGACAGAUCGGCAGAUAUCCAGCUGUCAGGGCUUGGAAUACAGCCGCAGCAUUGCCUUUUGGUCGUUGAAAAUGGCGCUCUGAACAUGGAACCAGUUAGUGCAGCCAGGUGUUUCGUGAAUGGUACACCUGUUGUGUCCAGGGUGAAGUUAGGACACGCCGAUAGGAUACUGUGGGGAAAUCAUCAUUUCUUUAGAGUGAAUUGUCCUAAGGAUAAUAAUGAGAUGACGACGUCAUCAGAACCCCAAACUCCUGCGCAGCCGAUAGAUUACAACUUCGCGCGUGAUGAGAUAAUGCUGAAUGAACUUAGCAACGAUCCUAUACAAACUGCUAUCUCACGACUCGAGAGACAACACGAGGAGGAUAAACAAGUUGCACUCGAAAAACAAAGACAAGAGUAUGAAAGACAGUUCCAGCAGCUACGGAAUAUACUAUCUCCUUCCACACCUUAUCCGCCGUAUUCGUAUGAUCCACUGAAAUUAGGCAAAAUGACCGCAUGUACACCGACAACAGCCGCAAGAGUCGAGCGCUGGGCCGCUGAAAGAGACGACACGUUCAAACGGUCUAUAGGGCGGCUUAAAGCUGAUAUAUUGAGGGCCAAUGCGUUGGUGCAAGAAGCCAAUUUCCUCGCUGAAGAGAUGAGAAGGAACACCAGGUUUAGUGUCACAUUGCAAAUACCGCCGCAGAACUUGAGUCCUAAUAGAAAGCGUGGCGCGUUCGUAUCAGAACCAGCUAUUAUGGCGAAGCGACCGACCCGAGGGGCCCAAGUGUGGUCUAUGGAGAAGCUCGAGAACAAAUUGGUUGACAUGCGUGAUAUGUAUGACGAGUGGCGGCAUAGACAACAUGCAGAGGAUGAUAUUGAUGAGCAAGAGGAAAAAGCCUUGGAUCCAUUCUACGAGUCGCAAGAGAAUCACAAUUUAAUUGGUGUGGCGAAUGUUUUCUUGGAGGCUCUAUUCCAUGACGUCACUCUCGACUAUCACACGCCUAUUAUAAGUCAACAGGGAGAAGUAGCUGGUAGAUUACAGGUUGAAAUAAGUCGAGUUUCCGGCCAGUUUCCUCAAGACCGUAUUUGCGAAGCAGCUUCCGACAGCUCUGGUGAUAUGAGAGAUGAUGAUGAACCAAUCGAUCCACAGACACAACAAGUAACAAUCCGCGUGGUAAUAAAGCAAGCUAGUGGCCUACCACCAUCACUAUCUAACUUCGUCUUCUGCCAAUACUCCGUAUGGGGUAACGGGGAGCCCGUAGUCGUUCCCCCACAAGUCUCCGCCGAUACACCGCCAGCGCCUUUGACAACUGUAUCACCGAGACACCAAUUACUCACAUUCCGCUUUGAUCAUCGCCAAGACUUCAUAAUACCACUUACUGAAGAGUUUAUUGAGCAUUGUGCGGAGGGCGCUCUAUCAAUCGAAGUAUGGGGCCACCGUUCGGCCGGUUUUAGCCGAACGGUCGGUAACUGGGAAGUGGAAGCUCAACAAUUGGCAAAAGCUCGCUCGUUAGCCGAUCGAUGGGCGGAGCUUACUCGGAAAAUUGAACUUUGGGUCGAAAUACAUGAAUUGAACGAUCAGGGGGAGUAUGCGCCUGUUGAGGUGGCGCUACGCCCGGAUAUACUGACCGGGGGCGUAUACCAGUUGCGUCAAGGGCAGCAACGACGACUAGCCGUGCGCGUACGACCCGCAGCUAAUUCUGGAACUUUGCCAAUCAUUUGCCAACAUAUUGUCAGUGUUGAAGUCGGAUCAGUUACUGUUAGAUCACGUCUACAGAAACCAUUGGACUCGUACCAAGAGGAGGAUUUGGCUAUCCUCAGAGAGAGAUGGAGUGAAGCGCUCGCUAGACGAAGACAACAUUUGCACGCACAAUUGCAGAAACUAGUGAACAUGUCUCCCUCACUAAAAAGCGAGCGAGAUAUGGAAAGGGAGCAAUCGUUAGUCGAGCAAUGGGUGUCCCUAACUGAAGAAAGGAAUGCUGUGCUGGUCCCUAGCCCCGGAAGUCCUAUUCCAGGAGCACCAGCUGCUUGGAACCCACCGUCUGGAAUGGAGCAGCAUAUACCUGUGCUGUUUCUGGAUUUAAAUGCGGACGAUCUAACAACACACGGUUCUGGCGAGGAAGUAUCUAUGGCGGGUUUUCACUCCAUUCUACCGAAAGAGCAUGGGAACAGAUUCUACGAGUUGCAACUUGUCCACCACCACCAUAAAGAUGUGUCUGCGGUGGCCGCAUGGGAUUCCUCCAUUCACGACUCGCAAUAUCUCAACAGGAUUACUGAACCAAAUGAACGGGUAUAUCUCAUACUCAAAACGACAGUGCGGUUGUCGCACCCAGCGCCUAUGGAGCUUAUUCUGCGCAAGCGACUCGCACUCAACAUCUACAAACGACAAAGUUUCACCGAUCGGAUACGGAAGAAAAUCGUCAGAGUGGAUCAACUAACUCAAACUGGUGUUACAUACGAAGUCGUAUCAAACAUUCCGAAGGCGUCAGAAGAGUUGGAGGAAAGAGAGAGCUUGGCGCAAAUCGUUGCUACGGGAGAGGAAGCCAGUGCAGCUGAUGGAGAGACUUAUAUUGAAAAAUACACGCGUGGCGUAAGCGCAGUUGAGAGUAUUCUAACUCUGGAUCGUCUGCGGCAAAGUGUUGCUGUUAAGGAAUUGGAACAAGCACGCGGCCAACCAGUCACUAUGCGCAAAACGGCUUCGGUACCAAAUUUCUCACAGAUUAUGCGUUUGGACUCUUCAUUCGAAUCUUUGACCAAUUUAUCCGCGGGUCGCUCAGGCAGUGUAGCUGACUUAGCUGACGAAACACCACGACGCAAUAUGCACAGACAUUCGUACGCUGCGCCCGCUCAUAACGAUCCGGAUAUCGUCACGCCCACAAAACCAUUCGGACUCGCUCGGCCAACGUUCCUAAAUUUGAAUUUGAACCUGAACUCACUACGACUGCAGACGCCGAAUAAGUCGUCUCCAGCGAGUGGAAAAUUGGGUUUGCGCAUGACAACCCUGCAUGAGGAGCCAGGUAGACGAAAUGACGAGGAUUCCCAUUCAGAGCCAGAAUCGGCUCCUUCAGAUGAAUUGACUACGCCGCGGUCACAACGUACGCGUUCUCGAGCCAACCCCCGCGGGUUCUUACCGACUUCAAAGACAUUGGAUUCACUUCACGAGCUUGCGUGUGAAAGAAAUCCAAGCAAAAAUUCACCUUCAAUUUCUUCAAGUGGAUAUGGUUCUCAAGCAGUAUCGUCAACCAACCUCACAAACGACGACACACUCUCCAUUCGCAGUAUGUCCGUUGAUGACACACCAGAUUUCGACAAAGUCAUGGAGUACACGCACUUGAGCCGGACUAAAAAUUCAAUGGCCGGCCUCAGACAUGAGAUAAGUGAAUUGAGAAGUGAUAUCACAGACCUGAAGAAUGAAAUUGUCGAAUCGAAAAAUGAGUUGGAAGAUGUUGCAUUCGAGAAAACGAAAACUCCGGUCUUAACUCCCGGAUCGAGGAACAGGAUUAAUCCGUUCUUAAGGGACUGUGAGGAAGCUAUGGAUAAAGGACAGAUUUUGGACCCGCUUGGAGCGAUUACUGUGGAAACGGUGUCUUGUCAUAAUAAACAAGAAUCGCAAGUCAACGGGGAAGCGCACGACACGUCUUUCGGUGAAGCAGAAAUUGAGUCAGUUAGCUCAGAACAUUCAAGUCACGACACGCGGAGUCGUGAGACAUCAUCUGUCGGAGAAAGUGAUUCACCUGGACCAGAUCCUAUAGUCAAUACAUCUCUUCCUGCGGGAAAGGUCGUCCGUCGUCGUGCUGGUACGGCCCGUAAUGCUGCGCGUGCGUCGUAUCCGUCUGGACGUACGAAGUCGCAUGAACACGUUUCGCCACCGCUUAAGGACACUUCCGCAUCCACGGAGCGUAUUUUACAGGACGAAUCAGAAAGCGAUCGUUCGCACGCAGUACCCGAGUGGAUGUGUGUGGGCGAAAGUGUACAACUACGUCUGAGCAGUAGCACCGGAGUAGUUGCGUACGUCGGACCAACCCACUUUGCACCUGGAACUUGGGUGGGAGUAGAAUUAGACGCGCCUACUGGAAAAAACGAUGGCUCUGUAGGAGGGACACGGUAUUUCGAAUGCCGACCUCGACACGGAAUAUUCGUGAGAGGCGAAAAGCUCAUACAGGACCGGCGCGGUCGCAGUGCUAGGGCGUUCCGUGAAAAUGAGCUGAAACGUGCUACUAGCAAAGGUGAAGGCCUACAGAACUUACACAGAUCCCGGAGUCGCGGUGACAGCAUAAAUGCCGUUGGCACUAAAACUAGAAGCAAAUAA